AUCUUUACUCAGAAACCUUUCUAGCCUCUCCUCAUCUCCUGACUGUCUUGGCCUCGGCAAGAAGAACACCCGUCCCUACCCAGCUGUCUUCAGCUCCUGUCCUUCCUCCCAGCUGCCAGAGAAUUAUCAGCAGGAGGAAUGGCACCAGCUGUGACCCGGCUCCUUUUCCUUCAGCUUGUUCUAGGGCCAACUCUGGUCAUGGACAUCAAGACGCAGAUUGGCAAAAAGAAAUUCUAUGCUUUAAACAUUGACUAUCCCAGGGUUAUCUUCCCAAAGGGUUUCCAGGGCUAUUGUAAUGGUCUGAUGUCCUAUAUGCGGGGCAAGGUGCAAAAUUCGGAUUGCCCAAAGAUCCAUUAUGUGAUACAUGCCCCUUGGAAGGUCAUCAAGAGGUUCUGCAAGUAUAGUGACAACUUCUGUGAUAAUUACAAUGAAUACUGCACGCUCACCGAGGAUUCCUUCCCCAUCACGGUCUGCUCCCUGAACUACCAACAGCCACCCACCAGUUGCUACUACGAUAGCACCCUGACCAACCAGAAGCUCUACCUACUCUGCUCCCGCAAGUAUGAAGCUGAUCCAAUAGGUAUCAUCGGUCUCUAUUCGGGAGUUUAAUUCCUGAGUCAUUCCCCAACCUCUACCACCACAGACCAGCCUGUCUCCAUUUCCAACACUCUGAUUCCUGUAACAAGACUUCCUUCCUGACUUCUGAGGCAGGCAGAGUCCCCUCCCAAGAGACCAGGUGGGUGGGAAAAUGUCCAGGGCUUUGAUCACCAUGCGAAGUGGUGCUAUCUUCUAGGUUCUUUCCAGCUUGUUUACCCCCUCUUCACCCCCACCUCCUCAUCAUCCUCCCUCUCCCAGAGACAGUAAAACCCACCCAAGAAGUUGACUGUGUCCAGUUGGCAGUGACUGUCCACCCACUGGGCCAGAUCCUAAGUCCUGGAUGGAGGCCCAGGGCCUCAGCUCACACCAUGGCAACAGGCACCAGCUCUGAGUCUCACCUCCCCAUUCCCACCACCCUUCUCGUCUCAGCCUCCCCUAGUUCCCUUAUAAUUCCCUCCACUCACCCACCUACUCAGGGGAUAUGGCUAGCUAUAGGAACCUCCCUGAGGCCUUCAGACUCAUGUUAGCCUCACUUCCCCACAACCCCCAGUUUCCAGCCUGUUUCUCUCUGUGAAAUCAUUGUUUCUCCCUUCAUAUAACUUUCCUCUCCUCUUUCCUUUUACUAUGGAGCCUAGGACUGUCUCUCCCCCCAACUCCCCACCACCUUAGUCACCCUGCCUUCCUUUUUCCAACCUCUUUUUCUUCCAGUCUUCUUACCUUGGCUCACUGGCAUUUCAAGGUAUCUUCUCUCAUCCAUUCCACAGAGGUUCCUGCUUCCCUUCUCUUCCAGAAGCUCCUCCCAAAUCCCCCAGACUCCAGAGUCUGCCCCUGACCAGGCAGGGAAUGAGGCAGGCCCAGCUCUAAUCAAACAUAAAUUUCUAAAACCACAUCUGAGUACGUAAGAUGUAACCAUUGGAGGAAACUGGGUGAAGGGCACAAGAGACCCCUCUGUACUAUUUUUUUUUUGUAACUUUCUGUGAAUCCAUAAUCAUUUCAAAAUAAAAAGUUAAGAACA